CCUACUUUGCUUCACCCAGAAAAAUGGUGUGAAGAAUUCAACCACUUUAUAUCACAGUGUCUUAUUAAGGAUUUUGAAAAGCGGCCUUCCGUCACACACCUCCUCGACCACCCAUUUAUUAAAAGAGUCCACGGGAAGGUUUUGUUUCUGCAAAAACAGCUGGCCAAGGUCCUCCAAGACCAGAAGCACCUAAACCCUGUUGUUAAAACCAGGCAUGAAAGGAUGCAUACCGGAAGACCCUAUCAUGUGGAAGAUGCUGAAAAAUACUGCCUUGAGGAUGAUUUGGUCAAUCUAGAGGUUCUGGAUGAGGAUACAAUUACUCAUCAGUUGCAGAAGCGUUAUGUGGACUUGCUGAUUUACACCUAUGUUGGAGACAUCUUAAUUGCCUUAAACCCCUUCCAGAAUCUAAGCAUAUACUCUCCACAGUUUUCCAGACUUUAUCAUGGAGUGAAACGCGUCUCAAAUCCCCCCCACAUAUUUGCAUCAGCAGAUGCUGCUUACCAAUGCAUGGUUACUUUCAGCAAAGACCAGUGCAUUGUCAUCAGCGGAGAAAGUGGCUCUGGGAAGACAGAAAGUGCCCACCUGAUUGUUCAGCAUUUGACUUUCUUGGGAAAGGCCAAUAAUCAGACCUUGAGAGAGAAAAUUCUGCAAGUCAACUCCCUGGUGGAAGCCUUUGGAAAUGCAUGCACUGCUAUCAAUGACAAUUCCAGCCGAUUUGGAAAAUAUCUGGAAAUGAUGUUUACACCAACUGGAGCUGUGAUGGGGGCAAGAAUCUCUGAAUAUCUCCUUGAAAAAUCCAGAGUUAUCAAACAGGCAGCGGGAGAGAAAAAUUUUCACAUAUUUUACUAUAUUUAUGCUGGACUUUAUCACCAAAAGAAGCUUUCUGAGUUCAGACUUCCUGAGGAAAAGGCUCCUAGGUACAUAGCUGAUGAAACUGGAAGGGUGAUGCACGACAUAACUUCCAAGGAGUCUUAUAGAAGACAGUUUGAAGCAAUUCAGCAUUGCUUCAGGAUUAUAGGGUUCACUGACAAGGAGGUGCACUCAGUGUACAGAAUUUUGGCUGGAAUUUUGAAUAUUGGAAACAUUGAGUUUGCAGCUAUUUCCUCUCAACAUCAAACUGAUAAAAGUGAGGUGCCCAAUGCUGAAGCUUUGGAAAACGCUGCCUCUGUUCUCUGCAUCAGUCCCGAAGAGCUCCAGGAGGCACUCACCUCAUACUGUGUGGUCACCCGGGGCGAGACUAUCAUCCGCACCAACACCGUUGACAGGGCUGCGGACGUCCGAGAUGCCAUGUCCAAAGCCCUGUAUGGGAGGCUCUUCAGCUGGAUUGUAAAUCGCAUCAAUACACUCCUGGAGCCAGAAAAAAACAUUUGGCAAGUUCCCCCGGGGAGCAGAGGCCUCAGGAGAGCUGUCAUCGACCCCGGGUUUUCUUCUUCUCUCUCAUGCAGCAGUACAGUCAAUGGUAUGAAUGUGGGGAUCUUGGAUAUUUUUGGAUUUGAGAACUUUCAGAGAAAUUCAUUUGAGCAGCUCUGCAUAAAUAUCGCCAAUGAGCAAAUCCAGUACUAUUUCAAUCAGCAUGUUUUUGCUCUUGAGCAGAUGGAAUAUCAGAAUGAGGGCAUUGAGGCUACACCUGUGGAGUAUGAGGACAAUCGCCCACUCUUGGAUAUGUUCCUCCAGAAACCCCUGGGACUGCUUGCACUUUUGGAUGAGGAAAGUCAGUUUCCCCAAGCAACUGAUCAGACCCUAGUUGAUAAAUUUGAAGAUAAUCUACGAUGCAAAUACUUCUGGAGGCCCAAAGGAGUGGAGCUGUGCUUUGGAAUUCAGCACUAUGCUGGAAAGGUAUUAUAUGAUGCUUCUGGGGUUCUUGAGAAAAACAGAGACACUCUCCCUGCCGAUGUGGUUGUAGUCCUGAGAACGUCGGGAAACAAGCUUCUUCAGCAACUCUUCUCAAUCCCUUUGACCAAAACAGGUAACUUGGCCCAAACAAGAGCCAGGAUAACAGCCACCUCAAGAUCUUUGCCUCCGCAUUUCAGUGUUGGGAGAGCCAAGGUGGACACUCUAGAGGUGAUACGGCAUCCAGAAGAAACCACCAAUAUGAAGAGGCAGACCAUGGCUUCUUACUUCCGGUAUUCUCUGAUGGAUCUACUCUCCAAAAUGGUGGUUGGACAGCCCCACUUUGUGCGCUGCAUCAAACCCAAUGAUGAUCGAGAGGCGCUGAAGUUCUCCAGAGAGAGAGUGCUGGCCCAGCUCCGCUCCACGGGGAUCCUGGAGACGGUCAGCAUCCGCCGGCAGGGGUAUUCCCACCGCAUCCUCUUUGAAGAGUUUGUGAAAAGGUAUUAUUACUUGGCAUUCAGAGCACAUCAAACACCUCUUGCUAGCAAAGAAAGCUGUGUUGCUAUCUUGGAAAAGUCCAGACUAGAUGACUGGGUGCUGGGGAAAACAAAGGUUUUUCUCAAAUAUUACCACGUGGAGCAGUUAAAUUUGUUACUGCGAGAAGUCAUGGGCAGAGUGGUUGUGCUGCAGGCAUAUGCCAAGGGGUGGCUUGGAGCCAAGAGAUACAAAAGAGUCAGAGAGAAGAGAGAGAAGGGAGCUGUUGUCAUCCAGUCAGCCUGGAGAGGAUAUGAUGCUCGGAGGAAAUUUAAGAAAAUAAGCAACAGAAGGAGUGAGUCUGCUGUUCAUAUUCAAGCAGGGUGCCCUUCAGGCCAAAGCAGUGAUCUGCCUCGCACUGUCACAGGGGACACCGGGGGGAGACCCCAGGUUCAAGACUGCAGUGAGCCUGGUGACCUCAAAGUACUUGUUUGUUUUCCCUCGGUUCUGAGGGGCUCUGUAGAUCAAAAAAGGAGUCCACAAGCAGAAUCCAACAGUGGCCAUACAGAGACUUCAAGCAACUCUCCUGCUAUCAUUGAGAAAAUUCGGUAUUCACAAGCUCGGAGUUCUCCCAAAGGGUGUGAUGUCUUCGCAGGACGUCCAAAUAAGCACUCAGUUUCUGGGACUGAUUUGCUGUCUUCUCCGACAUGCCAUGCUGCUCCAGAUCACCCAGGACUGAGUCCCUUGAGGGGAGCCCCUGCAAAACUUGGUUCAGAAAAUGGUCUUGCACAGAAGCAGCGAACAUCUCACCGGAGAUGUCAGCAGCCCAAAAUGUUGAGUAGCCCUGAGGACACCAUGUACUAUAACCAGUUAAAUGGAACUCUAGAAUAUCAAGGGAGCAAGAGGAAGCCAAGAAAACUUGGCCAAAUCAAAGUGCUUGAUGGGGAAGAUGAUUAUUACAAAUCUCUGUCACCGGUGAACUCUAUCCCUGAGGAAGACAACUCAGCCUACUCUUUCUUUUUUUCCUCGUCCUCAAAAGGAGCAUCUUUUGCUCACCACUGAGCUAUACUUUCUGCCCCUCAAGUCUGUUGAGGGUAAGAACAAUCAUGGUAAUUGACUUGUCAUUUUAAGAAAGCACUGCAAUGGAGUUAGCUUCUUGGGACACGUGGUCUGUGCCUGCGCCUUGCUGAACAAUGUUCAGAUUCCUAAUCACUUUCUUAUGCCUCCAUUGCCCUCCCCACAUCUGCUGUGCAGCCUGAGCUGGACAAUUCUUCCUUUUCUCAUCCCACGGGUCUCUGUGGGACGCUGAGCACACUUCCGCUACAGUAGUAACUGUCAUUCAUGCCCUCAACAUCUAACAGGGUAACAAUCUCACAAUAAGCCAGUUGUAAAUGCUGAUAAUAUUUCUCUAUUUUUCCCACCAAGUCAAUCCAUGCAGAAUCUGCCCCUGUGAAAAUUCAAAAGUCCUUUUCCUCCUCACCUCUCCACUGCAAUACCCUUCCCCUUUGCUGGUCUUUCUACCCUGCCCACCUCUCCCCAGGGCCAGGGCUCCGUUGCUGAGUACUCACAUCCUGGGUGAGUGUACCCAAGGUCUC